GUCAGGGGCACCCCAUACACUACAACGAUGCCUGGCGCCUUUUUCAUGGCUUGGCUUUCUUCCUCUUGGCGGUUGCUCUGGCUGGAGAUAUGUUACAGAUUGUGCUUCAAGAGCCAAAUCUCAGACGUAGCCAUCCGUCGGCUGAUUCUAGUGUCGCUGGACGUCUGUCAGUGGCCAUUAGACUUUGGCGUGACAGCAAGCAGCACCAUUUACUCCACUUGGGUCGAGUUGAAACCAUUGUGUCGGCAAUGAUAUCACCAACAGAUCGAGCUUCUCCUGUCUCUUGAUCCUUAGUUUCGAAACGGGUGAGUUCGGUCACCGGAUGCUGAUUUCCCCUAUCCUCCGAAGGCCAAGACUUUGCAACAAACAAAGCCCCUGAUAUGGAUAUCUGGUUAGCGCCUUGCUUCAAGUGUCCCAAAGCAUUUAGUACUCUGUUGCUUGCUGCUUCGAGCAAAGAGAUCUGGUCUUGUCUUUGAUUACCACGAUGAUUGAAGCAUUUGACGCCGAGGUGUGAGGAGACUUUGACCAACUCCCCAAUCGAAUGCCAUGCCGCCGACAGGAAAAGAAUGAUGGGAUCUGAAAGGCUAAAUAGCGGUCCACUUGAUUUGAAUCGCCAGACGGGAGAAACGGGCUACCCUGUGGUUCAGUGCGACUUCCCCCGCCACGCCGCCACUUGUUGCAGUGACUGGAGGUGGGAAAGGGACAGUGCGCAUUCCCCUUUGGUCUGUCUGGGCAAGCACGCAGUCCGUCUCUUGAGAUCGAUAUUAUCUUGAGCCGUGCUUUUGAGCGCACAUUG